ACCUUGGCAUGACAAUAGACCAAGUUAUAUGGCCUUCUGCUGGUUGUAUAUUAACUAGUUGCUGCGUGUAAAGUGGAGGUGAGAGACAGAGAAGUGUUUUUUUUUUUUUCCUCGAGACACACAAACGCAAAUGAAGAGGUCAGUUGCUGGAUUUUCGAUGCCUUUUCUUUUUUACAGUUUGUAGAACAUACCAAAACUGAAGACCCAACUCCUUCAUGGAUUCUUUUCUUCCAAUCUAAGAGGCUAAAUCCAGCGGAAAUGGCUUCUUGGAGAUGGUCCUUGUGCUUGUUCAUUUUUCUGACCCUCAUGGGAUCACAUCAAGGAAUCAGACAGUGUUUAAGAGGCGUCUCCAUGAGUGUGAUCCUUCUGGAUGAUGAAGAGUCUCCCUGGAGCUUAAAGUUUGUCGGGGGACAAAUACUGAAGGCCUUGGCGUUCGAGUCGGUGCAAGAAAACAACACUACAUUCAAUCUCACGGUGACUUUUGGUGGUUUCAACACAACCUACUAUCGACAAAGAGGCUGCCACAGUAGCGCGUGUGAAGGAGUGUCCAAAUUAAAAUACCUUAUGCAUUCACAUAGCCUGGGCUGUGCUGUGCUCGGCCCCACUUGCACAUACGCCACUUACCCUUUGGUUGAUGCUGAGAAAGGUCUCAAAUUAAGCACGCCCAUCAUCUCGGCCGGCAGCUUUGGACCCGCCUGUGACAACACGCUCAACCUGCAGCGCCUCCUGCCGCCUGCUCGUAAAAUCACCGAUUUUUUUGUCCACUUCUGGAAAGACGAUAACGCAAUCAAACCUGUGUGGGAGACAGCUUAUGUGUAUAAGUUACCUACACACACAGAGGAUUGCUUUUGGUAUAUAAAUGCACUGGAAUCAGCCCCUCACAUGUUUGCUCAGAAGGUGAAAAGAACGAUGUUGCGCAAACCAGAGGACCUCAAAACAGUCCUUUCUUCGCACAGGAACCGGACAAGCAACUUAUUCAUCAUGUGCGGCUCUGUGAAGGAUGUCGUGGAGAUGAAGAAUCUCUCAGCAGAAGCAGACAGCAAUGAGAUUCUCUUCAUCCUAAUCGAUCUCUACAAUGAUCAAUACUACAUCAACACUACGUCUCAUCCAGCUAUGAAGAAUGUUCUGGUACUCACCAUGCCCAACACCAGGAAUUAUACGAUCAACUCGGACCUGAAAAGCAACAACACGGUAAUUCGAUUGAUUAUUUGGAAAUCGAUCACAUCACAAUCAUUUGUCAUUUUGAAAUAGAUGAACGACUACAUGGCUGCAUACCACGACGCGGUGAUACUGGUCAGUCGGGUGAUUCGGGAAAUAAUCGCAAAACCUCACUUGGGAGCUCAUCAGAUGCCUUACGUUACCGUGCAAUACCUUCGGAACACCUCGUUUGACGGCAUCGCUGGGAAUUAUCGGCUGGACGAGCAGGGAGAUAGAGAUGUUAAUCUCUCUGUCAUUUACACCACUAAUGAUUACAAGUAUCGUACUUUAUUCGAGUUUGACACGGAGCACAGCCUGACCAUGCUGCUUGAUGACAAUCCCUCCUUUGUCUGGGGGGAAAGACUUCCAAAUUUCAAGCCAGAUGAAGAGCCACCGUCGCUUGAUACCGUUGUGGUUGUUUUGGGUGUGAUUGUGGUGGUGGUGGUGGCCAUUGCUUUCAUCUUCUACAGACAGAACAGGAGAGAUCGUCUUUUGCGGUUGUCCAUCUCCCACAUCCCCUCUGAUCUUGUCACGCUGCUGGAGGACAACACGCUCAAUGAAGUCUAUCUGAAGAUCGAAGAGAAAAAAAAGGAUUUUAAGAUCCGCCGUGCGCUCUAUGAUAAGAAGGUUGUCAUCCUGAAGGAGCUCAAUCACUCGGAUGGGAACUUCAACGAGACACAAAAAGUGGAACUUCAUGCGCUCCUGCAAAUCGACUAUUAUAAUCUCACCAAGUUCUACGGCACGGUGAAGUUUGAUCAGGGCGUGUUUGGGGUCUUUGAGUAUGGUGAACGAGGGUCGCUCAGGUAUGUGCUGAAUGACAAGGUGUCUUAUCCAGAGGAGACGUUCAUGGACUGGGAGUUCAAGAUCUCCGUCAUGUAUGACAUCGUUAAGGGUAUGUCCUACCUCCAUGCCAGUGACAUCCAAGUGCAUGGGCGCCUCAAGUCCACCAACUGCGUGGUGGACAACCGCAUGGUGGUGAAGAUCACAGAUUUUGGCUGCAAUUCUUUCCUCAAGCCCGGCAGAGACUUGUGGACGGCGCCUGAGCACUUGAGGAAACAGGGCACCUCGCAGAAAGGAGACGUAUACAGUUUCGCCAUCAUCGCUCAGGAGAUCGUUCUGAGGAAAUCAACCUUCUACACGGAAUGCUGCUCUAACCGUGCAGAAAAGUUAUCCAGGGUCAUCAUGUCCUACUUCAGACCUGAUCUGGACUUUGACACAGCUACAGAGAAAGAACUUGAGGUAUACAUAUUAAUAAAAAGUUGUUGGGACGAGGAUGCUGAAAAAAGGCCAGAUUUCAAAAAGAUUGAAAGCUGCUUGGGAAAAAUCAUCAGUAAAAUACACAACAAAGACAACGAGAGCUACAUGGACAACAUGAUACGUCGGUUGCAGAUGUAUUCCAAGAACCUGGAGCACCUGGUUGGAGAGAGAACGGCUCUUUAUAAAAUGGAGAGGGACCGGGCGGAUUGCCUCAACUUUAUGCUUCUUCCACGUACUGUGGUGAAGAGCUUGAAGGAGAGCGGGGUCGUGGAGCCGGAGCUGUACGACGAGGUGACUAUUUAUUUCAGCGACAUCGUGGGCUUCACCACGCUAUGCCAGUACAGCACGCCCAUGGAGGUGGUAGACAUGCUCAACGACAUCUACAAGGGCUUUGACAGCAUCUUGGACCACCACGAUGUCUACAAGGUGGAAACAAUCGGUGAUGCCUACAUGGUGGCUUCCGGACUUCCAAACCGGAAUGGCAAUAGACAUGCGGUGGAUAUCUGCCGCAUGGCCUUGGACAUUUUGACCUUCAUGGGUAACUUCCAGCUCAGACAUCUGCCCGGCAUCCCCGUGUGGAUACGCAUCGGUGUGCACUCAGGUCUGUGUGCAGCAGGUGUGGUCGGCGUAAAGAUGCCCAGAUAUUGUUUAUUCGGAGACACGGUCAACACGGCGUCUCGAAUGGAGUCUACAGGCCACCCCCUGCGGAUUCACGUCAGUCAGCCGACUAUUAAUAUCCUAACCAGGACAGACUGCAAGUUUGAGUAUGAGUACAGAGGGGAAACAUAUCUCAAGGGUAAAGGAACAGAGACAACAUACUGGUUGACGGGUGAGACGGGUGCAGACUACGACCUCCCGACUCCACCCACAACGGAGAACUUCCAGCGGCUUCAGCAGGACCUCGCCCACAUGAUCCUGGCAUGUCUGGAGCGGCGUUCCAGAGGCUCCGUGCGCCGAAGGGGUCGUGGCGAGGACGCGGAUAAGGGGCGAUGUUCUGAGGUGGAACCUCCAGAAUAUUUGCAUCUGGCCACUGUGGAUAACACCCUGAGCACCUUCCUCUAGGACCAACACUGGAGAAGACUUUUCAAUAUGUACGUACAAAA